GUAGGAAAUCGAUUCAACGUCAUCACUCACUGACACCUGCGCAAAAGGCUAGGGAUGAUGACAAGAAAGCGAGACAGAAGGGAAAACAACAAGCUAGCUACCAAGAAGAUGAGUGUGUGACCCAGACAAGGGCCGAGAAAACACAGAUUUCGGACACCAUGAAUCCUGAAUAUGACUACCUGUUCAAGCUGCUUCUGAUUGGCGAUUCAGGGGUGGGCAAGUCUUGCCUCCUGCUUCGAUUUGCGGAUGACACCUACACAGAAAGUUUCAUAAGCACCAUCGGCGUGGACUUCAAAAUCCGAACUAUUGAACUGGACGGCAGGACCAUCAAAUUACAGAUUUGGGACACUGCUGGUCAGGAGCGGUUUCGCACCAUCACCUCCAGCUAUUACAGAGGAGCCCAUGGUAUCAUCAUUGUCUAUGAUGUAACAGAUCAGGAGUCUUACAACAAUAUAAAGCAGUGGCUGCAGGAGAUCGACCGCUAUGCCAGCGAGAACGUCAACAAGCUGCUGGUGGGGAACAAGUGUGACCUCACCACCAAGAAGUUAGUAGACUACACGACAGCCAAGGAAUUUGCUGACUCCCUAUCCAUCCCCUUCCUGGAGACCAGUGCUAAGGACGCAACUAACGUGGAGCAAUCCUUCAUGACCAUGGCGGCUGAGAUUAAGAAGCGCAUGGGGCCCGGGGCCACAGCAGGAGGAGAGAAGCACAACCUGAAGAUUGACAGCACCCCAGUGAGGCAGUCUGGAGGAGGAUGCUGUUAAGACUGUCCUGCCCCCUCCUCUCACCCCCAGAGGCCCAUGCGUAGAUUAACAGUACAGGGUUGAAGUUGGGGUGCUUCUGACAGAACAGGAAAAUAUGCUGGUGGAGGUGGCGGGAUCUUCAAGAACUGACUGACAUUUUUAAAAUCUUCACCUAUGCCCAUAAUUGAGUGAGUAAGACAGUUUUGUGCUGAAUGAAUAGUUCCCCCCCCCAAAAAAAAAAAAAAAAUAAAUAAACUCACAAUUGUUAUUCACCGAUAUGCACAGAAGUGGAAACAUCUUAAUAUAAAAAUGUGGUUCACAUUGUAAGGCAUAAAACUGAUGAUUGUAUGUAUCAGACUGUUUAAACACACAUUGUGAUUGAAAGAAAUCAUGGAUGUUCUUUCAACUAUGGUUGACUAUAUUACUUAAGUAAUAAGGCCCGAGGAGGUGUGGUAUGUGGCCAAUAUACCACCGUUAAGGGCUGUUCUUAUGCACGACGCA